AAUUAAUAUUAAUAUUCUAUAUGGCAAAACAUUGGAAGAAUAUGCAACAAAAAGAGAUAUUGAUACAGCAUUUUUUGAUUCUACAUUUCAGACAUAUAUAAGAAUGGAUUUGGAUCAUACUGAGAAUGGAUAAUAAAAGUAAUGGGAAAAUUCUGAUGAUUUCCAUUUCGUUUCCUAUGAAUUUUGUUUGACUCGAAACAAAAUCUUAUCUUAUGAAAGAUGUAAAUAUGAAUCAAAUAUUUCAAAAGAUAAAUGCGGAAAUGCAGGGAGCUUGCCAAACUAGGAUGAGGGCUAUUGUCGCUGCUUGUGAGUCAACAAGGUUGUUCGCCAGAAACCUGGAUAAUGGCAUGUUUUACACACAGAAGUGUUUGCGGUCGACUGAAGAAAAAGAAAAUGAUGAAGUUAUAGUGGGGCAGGUGGGCGGAGUCACGACCAUCGGCAUAAACAGGCCUCAGAAAAGGAACUGCAUUAACGACACAACGGUGGCAAAGUUGCUGGAAGCGUUCAGCCGGUUCGAGAGCGACGACGGGGCUUGCGUUGGCGUGCUGUACGGCACAGGGGGCAACUUCUGUGCGGGCUACGACCUGGAGGAGCUCCAUGAGCAGCAAGCGCACGGUCUAGCAGCCUUGGUGCCCUGUAAUAGUCACCUAAGGAAACCAAUUGUGGCAGCGGUGAGUGGUUACGCGCUGGGAGCCGGUUUUGAACUGGCGCUCAUGUGUGACCUAAGGGUGGUAGAAGAGACAGCUGUCUUUGGAUUCUUCAAUCGCAGGUUUGGCGUGCCUUCAGUGAGCGGAGGAACGGUGCGGCUUCAGGCUGUAGUCGGUCUCUCUCGAGCCCUCGACCUCAUCCUCACAGGGCGCCCGGUCAAGUCAGAGGAGGCCCUAGCGUGUGGGCUGGCGAACAGGGUCGUCGCUUGUGGGACAGCGCUAGGACAAGCAGUUAAUCUGGCCAGCUCCAUGAGGAAGUUCCCUCAGGCAAGCCUGUCGGCUGACCGCAUCUCCACUUACUACGCAGCCUUUGCAGCUUCCAGCAUGAAGGAUGCAUUGACAUUUGAACGAGACAAUGCUCAAGAUGCAAUUGAAAAGGAAACUUUUGGCGGAGCUGCAAAGUUUGUAUCUGGAAUAGGAAAGCAUGGUGAAUUCAAGAAUAUUUCUGAUAGUUAUACACCUGUGAAACCACAAAAUAAAUUGAAGAAAGUUUAAUUUGUGAUUAUAAUUUAAUUACUAGCAUUCAUAUCAGUUCAAAUAGCAACUGGUACAGAUAUGGUCUCCUCUUUCAUACUGUCAUACACCCAAUACAUAAUACAUUAUUCUUAGAUGGAAAUGUAAAAGUAGAGCUGGGCUGAUACCAUCAUUUUCAGGGAUAAAGGAAAUAAGUCUUUGUAAUACACUAUUACCUAUGUUAGGUCAUUUUUGGAUACAUAAUCGCAAAAAUUUUUUUACCACAGUAAAACCUCAUUUAAAAAAUUUAACACUUCACCUAUGAUUACAUUAGUGAUGGGUCAAUUCCGGUUUUUUCCCGGUUCUCGGUUCGGUACCGGUUCUUAAAAAUCGGUUCUCGGUUCUGACUUAAACAAUAAAAUAAAUAUUAUGCACACAUUAUUUAUGAGGUGUUUAAAGUAAUACUCUAUUUAUUGUUUUGGCUAAAAAAAAAAAGCACUGUUUAAAGCUACAGUAAACACAGCAACCUAUUAAAAAUGUAAUAUGUAUUAAUAAAAAAAAUUAAUUCGAAAUAAUAUAGAGAACAAAUAAUAAAACUAAAAUUUACUAUACCUAUCAAUCUAGUAAUUACCUCAAGAAAUCUACAUACACCCUCCUUUAAAACAUAGGAAUAAAAAAUAUGUUACAAUAAUGGAAAUGAAUACAAUGAUGGUGAACUUUCAAAGAAUUAAAAUAUUAAAUUGUCCAUCAAACUUAUUGCCUACAUUGAAUUCAGUUUGUUUGCACAGUCAACAGUAAAUUACUGCCACACUUAUGAUGCCAUUUCUUACACAAUUUGCUCUAUUUGGCCAGAAUAAUUAUACUUUACAAGUGUCAACAAGCAUUUCGUUUGACCAGCCAAUAGUAAAAUACAUCUACACAUCCAUACACCACUUUACUAAAAAAAAAAGACUUUCCCCUUCAAAGCAAUCCCAUUUACCUAAAAGAGAAAGUUACUAGCCAUUAUGCUAGAUGGCUGCAGAUUCAGUGAACUUACACUUCAAAGCACUGCACAAAAAGAAUAAAAUUUUAGAAUGCCGAAAAUUAU